UAGUAUAUGAGCCGCUCUCAACCGUUGACGUCUCAAUCAAAUGAUCGGAAUAGCUCUGAGUAGCUUCUUUUGAAACGCAGUUCGGGAUACUUCCUUAUCAGUCAUUUGCUACGUGACUUAUUACAUGCGCAUCUUGUGAAUCACAUAAAAACACAUUUUUAUUGUUUGAGGCAUCCAUUCUCAAACAAAGAACAGUGAAAUGUGUCUAAACAUCUACCUUUGCAUGCUGACGAUCGUAAUAGGAACGUCAGUAUCUUCAUUGACUAAUCGGCUGGAGCUUCCACAUCCACGACAAGCUUUAAGUCUGGAUGUACAAGCGCAAUUAGACGGGCUUUCAUCAGAAAAAUGGCAAGAGUUCGUAAGCUCUGGCCUGGACUCGAUCAACAGACAGAAACGACUGGAGGAAAAUCUUCUCAGCUCAAAAAUUACCGUCCAAAACGGAAGUCUCUCGCAUGUGCAACUACUGGAUACAUUGCCCAACAGGGCGUCAAAGGAAGACAGUGAAAUUGCCCUAAAGAUUCUCAAGUCUAGCCUCUUCGUCUAUAACACCCAGUGCCUGCCCCAUGCCAUUGAAGGGGACGAGUGUCGAGCGUAUCUGGAAAACAAGCCCCUGCCUGAGGGCAGCGUUCUUCGAUCCGAAUGCCUUAUGCUGCUGAAAAGCAAGAGGGAUGGUCAUCAUGCCUUCAGGAGACUGCUUGACCACCACUACAAGAACGGAUUCUAUGAGAUUUUUACAGAGGAUCGCCUGCCUACUGCAUGGUCAAUUAGUAUGGGGCUUUAUGAGCCCGACAACAUUCAGAAGGCCGAACUGGCGCGUGACCACGAAAAUGGAAACCUUAAUUUGGGAAUCGCGCAGUGGGCCCAGUUUUUGGAACACGAUCUCAGCAAGCCCGUCUCACAAUCGAUGAGCAAUGGAUCUCCGAUAGAGUGCUGUAACCAGGAUCAGAACAAGCUUCAACCAAGGCACUACCAUCCGGCCUGUGCGCCAAUAACAUCCGAGGCCAGCGGGAAGUACGGCAGGGCAAACUGUCUCAACUAUGUCAGGAGCGCCCUCGCGGUCGGCGGUUGCACCUUUGGCGGCGCUGAGCAGCUCAACCAGGCCACAGGAUACUUGGAUUUGUCCCAACUAUAUGGCUUCACGCCUGAUGACGAGAGGAAGAUGAGAACAUUCGUUCGCGGAACCCUGAAGUCAACAUCGAACGGGGCACACCUAAAUGACCUUCUACCGACGACCGCCGAUACGGACGACAAAGGACACUCGUUCUGUGCGUGGGGGGCUAGUGCAAAUGCAACAUGUUUUGUGGCAGGCGACUCGCGGGUUAACAGCAGUCCCUACUCCAUAUUGGUUUACACAAUCUUCAUGCGAAACCACAACCGCCUUACCGCCGAGCUGAUGAAGCGAUAUCCCAACUGGACCGAUGAGCAGCUUUUCCAGUCGGCCAAGGCGGUAAAUGUGGAUAUCUAUAGGCGCGUGAUCAUGAGGGAGUGGCUGCCGGAAGUGCUCGGAUCGCAACUGGCCGCAGAGGUACUAGCCACCCGUGAACCAAUCAGUCGCCAAAGCGCUCCCGAGAUAUCCAACGAGUUCGGCGUGGCUGCCAGCCGCUUCUAUUUCUCAAUGCUACCCAGUGAGCUCCACAACCUGGCCAAAAAUGGCGACGAUGACUAUGUUCGAAACCAAGUGCUGCCCUCUACUGACAUUUUUGUGCUGAAGGACGAAAUUUUCAGGCCCCGACUUUCGUACACGGCGAAAAAGCUAGACGAAAUCCUGCAUAGUGUGCUCAAUCAGCGUGCCAUGAAAAUGGAUUCCUCCUACGCGGGUGGUGUCGUUUGGCACGAGAACACGAAACCAACCCAUGCUGAUAUUCUAGCGUUCGAUGUUCAGCGAGGCAGGGACCACGGCCUCCAGCCCUAUUAUAAGUACUUGGAAGUGUGCAGCCAGGUUGGACGAGUGACUGGAUGGAGUGAUUUCGAACAACUUAUACCCAAAAAUGUUUUGGAUAAGCUGAAAAACAUCUAUGCCAAUUGGACUGAUGUGGACCUAAUUGUGGGCGGUAUCGCAGAACGAACUGUGAACGGAACUGUCGGUGCCACCUUUGGCUGCAUCCUUUCCGAGCAAUUUGCGAAGGUGCACCAGCGACAUCUGCAAGAGCCAGAUCUCCCGGCCUGGGCCGCCUCGUUGCUGGAGGAGUAUCGGUACAUGAACGGAAGCAAGCUCUUGUGCCUGAACUCAGAGUUGAGGGCUACGCCACAGAAUAUCUUUCAGUUGCCUUCCGCAAGCAAUCUACUGAUCGAUUGCGACAAUGUGGUCUAGCGGACGACGAAGAAAGAACCGGGCCCGAACACCAAGAAGAUUUUACAAUUGGCUUCCAAGCUCACAUAAUUUCUAAAUAGUUUGAUACUGAUCGAGGACGCAUACUCUUCCCGAUGGCAAGGUUUUACCCUUGUUGCAUAUAUAUUUUAAAUCCUAGCUGACAAAGGAUCAAUAUCUUCCAUCUAAAGUCACAUUUCCAUAUGAGCGAAUGUUCAUUUUUUUGUGGUUUGUUUUGAAACAAUAGUAAAAAUAUCCAAAUGUAAAGAAAAUGUAAGAUCUCGGUCAUAAAAGAGUCGUCACAUGCCAGCAAGUGUCGUGAUGGACGUGAUGGAAAAUUCGCACUCAGAGACACUUUUGUGGAAUGGAAGAUAUCUUUUUUACUAAUCAAUUAAAAUAAGUUUAUCUGUAUGCAUGGCAAAUAUAUUAGUACGAGUGUA